GGCGCUGUUCAACACAAUGGAGCGACUUGUUUUUUUGCUGGUUGUUACUGGGUGUCAGCUGGCUGGCUUAGCCACAACGUCAGGAUCGACAACUACAGAUCCACCGGCGGGAACCACAUCAUUCACAGAAUUAAGUACAACACCACCAAGCGCAACAGACUCACCUCCUAGUCCAACGUCGGGUGCGCCUACAACAGUCGCAUCUAUAACUACAACAGUCGCUUCCACAACAUCAGCAAUGAUAUCAACGUCAGCUCUUGGGCCAACGUCAGCAAUAUUGUCAACAUCAGGUCCUAAUCCAACGUCACCAAUAUCGUCAACAGAAGCUACUGGUCCAACGUCGCACACCACGUCCACAAGAGAGACGACGUCACAAAAUCUGUAA